UUCAGUUAAUACCGAACACUCGCGCCCAACAGUUGAGUCGUGAGCUCCCGACGGCAGUGACAGUUGAGCAUAAGAUAAAUAAACAAACGAUAAAAAAGAAAGAAAGAAAUAAAAACCAAAAAGCGCACUCCCAAAACGGUCGCGUCUCUUGGCAUCGGAAUCGGAAGUUCUUUUGGCUUGUUGUCGUCGUGACCGAGUACGGGUGUUGGCCUCUUCAGCGAACCGCAUGCUGAGCUGCUUUGGAGCAGCAUAAAUCCAUGGAAACAUCAUGUGGCUUUGGAAACAGCGUACACUUCAACUACAAGAACAACAAGUACAACAACAGCGACUACUACGCAUUGUCUUGCAUCUAAAAACCUAAUCCUAAUAUCUUAAACUUAUCGCCGCUAACAAAGCUAAUCGCACGCUUCAACCGACCGACCGAACGUUCGCCAAUCCGCUGGCUCUCUUCAUCGUAACUAGCAAUAACAAGCGUCUCUCUAUCGGCAUUUGUGUGUGUUAUGUUUUGUGUGUGUUUUGCUAAUAUCCAAACUAUUGCUAUUUAUAACCCCCUGCUCGCUGUUAACGAUCAUGCAUAGACCGACGCUAGCAAAUCCUAUAACUGCUGCCGGUAUUGCCUCAUCCAUAUCAAACAACAACAAAUCAAAGCGUGCACGUCAAUACAGCAAAUCAGCAGCAGCAGCAGCAGCGGACGGCGCAGCGGGACAAGCAAACGAGUCUUUAAUCUCAAAUGCGCCGUUGCCAAUCUACUACGAAAAGCAUUCGCACUCCGCACUAAUCGACGCUUCAAUUGAUUUAGAACAUUACAUCAGCGCCAUGGAGGCACGUCGUCACGACAAUGAGCCGGAUGUUUGGGCGCAAUUGCAGCAAAAGGAAUCGGAUAUAUUGCUGGCCGCGGAGCUGGGCAAGGCGCUGCUGGAAAAGAACGAGGAGCUGGUAAAACAACAGGAAAAACUUAUAGAGGAUUAUUCGGUGAAAAUUGAGAAACUUGAACAGGAGAAACAUGUGCUGCGACAGAAGCUGGCCAUAGCUGAGGAUGAAAGUGAUCAGCGUGUGCUCGAACUGCAGGGAGAUCUCAACGAACUGAAGGACAAGCUGCAAACACAAGAUGUGGCCAUCAGGCAGGCGGAGAAGGAGAAGACCAUACUCAUCGAUGAGCUUCAAAAUCAAAAUACGCGCCUCACCGAACAGAUACAAGAGGCGCAUGCCACCGAAAUGAAGCUUAGCGCACAGAUACAGGAGCUCAAGGAUCAGUAUCACUACAGAAACAGCAGCCUGCAGGAGCAUGUCAACAGCUUGGAGUCCAUCAAAACCGAACUUAACCUCACCACUGGCAAGCGGCAGGAGCUGGAGCGUCGCCUGCAGCAUGCGCAGCAGGAAAAGGAGACGCUCACCUCAUCGCUGGAUGAGGCCUCUGACAGAAUUCAUAUGCUGGAGCGCCAUGCUCGCGAGCAGGAAACAAAAUUAGAGACCACCCUACAAGCAUUGGAGCGCUCUCAGCGAGAGAAUAAUGUCCUUAGUGAACGAUUGGGCGCGGAUUCGAACUCCGCGUCUGGAAAGAAAAGUCUGCAAUUUGAAAUGGAAUGCGAUGAGGAGGAAGCAAGCUUUUCAGAAACUGGCAAACCCAGUCAAAUGUAUAUUGAGGCACGUUCGGUUUAUAUACAGCUGAAGUCCCUGGUGGAUUCGCUGAAAGUGAGCCAUGAUGACGACUCUGGUCUCAACUCGGACAUCUCACUGGACCUUGAGUCUAUGGAUAACACAAUGUCAAGCUCGGAUCGCAAUGACAGUGAUCAUAUGGCCAUUCAAUUCCGCCAGGGCAUGCUGUCGGCCAUGUCUGAUGAGCUGACGCGUCUAUUGCUGAAUUUGGAUGCUGGCAACUUUAAGAAAAUGCUGGACCAAACGCGUAAUCUAGUGCUAGAGCAGGAGGAUGAAAUCAAGCGCAGCCAUCAGCUGAUACAGCAAUUGGAGGCUAAGGUGACUGUUACAGAUGUAGAGCUGCAGAACGUGAAGGAAGAGCGCGAUCAGGCGCGCGGUGAUCUCGUUGAUAAUACAGAUCGCGAUGAGCUGUUGACAAAGGCGCAAAAGGAACGCGAUGCGGCCAAUGAGCGUCGCACCAAGGCCGAAGUUGAGCUGGCCAAGACGCGCGUGGAGCUUAUGCAGGCUAAUAGCCAGCUGCUGGAGUCUAUACAGCAAAAGGUUGAGCUCUCUCAGCAACUGGAGCAAUGGCAAAUGGAUAUGCAGGAGUUGAUAGAUGAGCAAAUGCGCUCCAAGCUUAUCAACAAUCGACGCUCAGCAGCCUCAGAGACGACACCGUCAGCGCCCAGCAGCGCCGCUGCUCAGUUAGCCAAGCGUGUGUCCAGCUAUAAGCUCUGGAGCUUAUUUCAGCGGUAAUUGGACCAAUCUAACAGCGCGCUGGAAGAUCUACGCAACUCUUAUAUUUUUAAUGUAGUAAAGUUUAAGCCGACAGCAAUGAGGAGGAGCUAUACGCAAAUAUACAUAAAUAUAUAUAUAUAUAUAUUUUUAAUAUUUAUACACACACUGAUACACACACACAUGCAUACGCAAAAGAUAGACUAAGUAUAGUACUAUGUAUUUGUACUUACAAGUUGUAAUUUCAUGUACGUAAGUUGCGUCCUUCUUGUGUUCUUUGUAGUGAAAUCUUUUUAAAUUGCGCUUUAUUAAUCUUAAUGCAUAAUUAUUACUAUUGUAAUUGCACUAUCGUACCUAUGUUAAAUUUAUAUAAAAGCUUGCUCUCUGCCCCCCUCUCUAAUUAGUUAAUCUUAUAGUUCGUUUAAGCUGCAACGGAAAAUCAAAAAACAAAAAAAACAUAUCGCCUUAUUUUGUUGAGCGUCUAGUAAAUGCUUUUAAAGCCUUUGCUGGUUCAAAACGUUGUGUUUGCGAUAACUGAAAUCAAAAUGUUAUAAAUUUUAAUCAUACAUAUUUGUAACCUAAUAGUGUACCUAAGCAUAAGUUUAAGCAAAGCAUUUAUGUUAUAAUAUAUUAUGAUGAGUAAAUAUAUUUUUCAAGUAGGCAGAAAGUGUGGAAAUGUGCGCGGACUACGCGUCAAACAACUUGCCUUAAAUACGGACAAUGAAUCGGAAAGUUUAACAUUUUAGAUUGUUUAACUCUAUAAAUUAACAAUAAAACUAUACAACAACAAGUAUUUUAUAUUUUUAUCUGUCAAC